AUGAACGAUCUGAUCUGGAUCGACUAUUUUGGACCAUUCAUUGCUUUCCUGUCGUUCGCUGUGGUCAUCUUCAUUCUUUCGUUCACCAUCAUCUUCUGGGUUUGUAUCAAACAUGAAGAGCAGCACGACGUUCUCAACAAGUGGCAUGGCCUAAUACCGGGCAAACGCAUUAAGAAAGUGCUGGCCGAAAUCAACGGUGAGCCGAGAAGUUCUGAAAACGGCAAUUAUUCAAACAACGCAAUAAACGAAGAACAAACGAAAACGUGA